AUGGUCGCUGAUACCACCUACUACGAUGCCUUAGGAGUGCCUCCCACGGCCUCCGAACUGGAGAUCAAGAAGGCUUACCGCAAACUGGCCAUCGUCACUCAUCCUGAUAAGAAUCCCGGGGACGAGACCGCGCAUGCCCGAUUCCAGGCGAUCGGAGAAGCCUAUCAAGUCCUCAGCAACGAAGAUCUACGAAAGCGCUAUGAUAAAUUUGGAAAGGAGGAUGCGGUUCCCGCUAGUGGUUUCGAGGACCCCUCCGAGUUCUUCGGCAUGAUCUUCGGCGGAAACGCUUUCGUCGACCUGAUCGGUGAAAUCUCCCUCAUGAAGGACCUCACUGCCACGAUGGACAUCACGAUGCAGGAGAUGGAAGAGGAGGAGCUGGCCGCGUCGGCCGAGGAGAAACUGAACAUCCACGACCAAGAGGCCAAGGCCGGGGAGACCGCCGAAGGUACCCAGCCCGCCGCGCAGCCCGCUGCUUCGACUGAUCCUGCUGCGGCGACUGCUGCAGCUCCGGCUCCGGCUCCCGCCGCCGCCCCCGAACCUGAGACUACGGAAAAACCCGCCGCCUCCAGCUCCGGUAGAAGCACCCCCCGUCGCCCGCUCGGCCAGCAGGCCAUCAUGGACAAGUCCGAGGAGGAAGCGCGCAUGGAGGCAGCUGGUCUGUCGCCCGAGGAGAAGGAACUUCGCAAGAAGGAGAAGAAGAAGGGUCUGUCCCGGGAGCAGCAGGAGCGGCUGGCGGCCUACGAACUCGAACGGAAGAAGGCCCGCGAGGAGCGCGUCGACACGCUGGCCACCAAGUUGGUCGACAAAAUCAGCGUGUGGACCGAGACCGACAAGGGCGCCGACGUCACAAAGGCCUUCGAGGAGAAGAUCCGUCUGGAGGUGGAGAACCUGAAGAUGGAGUCGUUCGGUCUGGAGAUCCUGCACGCCAUCGGACAGACGUACGUGCAGAAGGCCAGCUCGUUCUUGAAGUCGCAGAAAUUCCUGGGGAUCUCCGGCUUCUUCUCCCGGCUGAAGGACAAGGGCACGCUGGCCAAGGAGACGUGGACGACCAUCUCGACGGCCAUCGACGCGCAGAUGACCAUGGAAGAGAUGGCCAAACUGGAGGAGCGCGGCGGCGAGGACUGGACGGACGAGAAGAAGGCCGAGUACGAGAAGAAGGUGACGGGGAAGAUCCUGGCGGCGGCGUGGCGCGGCAGCAAGUUUGAGAUCCAGAGCGUAUUACGCGACGUGUGCGACCAGGUCCUGGGUGACAAGCGCAUCAAGCUGGACAAGCGGGUGGAGCGGGCGCAUGCGCUGAUCAUUGCGGGCAACAUCUACCAGAAGGCGGAACGCGAUCCCGAGGAAGAGGGCGACUACAUGGCCUUUGAGCAGCUGAUGGCAGAGGCGAUGACGAAGAAGGGCAAAGACGAGAAGAAGAAGAAAAAGCACGAGCACGAGGAGGAGCCGACUUCCGCAUAG